AGGUUGUAACACUCCCCUGAAAAGCGAUGUGGAGCUCGUUAGCUGUGCGUGGGCACCUGUUUGCUGUUUACAGACUGUCAUCAUGAGGGUGCCGCGCUGGGCUAAGUGGAUGUGACUGCUCUGAUUGCACUCCAUGGGAAAGCGAGAAGAAAUAGCCUACGUCUGAUCACCAACGCGUCAUAUAAUGUUUCAGCGGACGCCCCUCCCCCUGUCUCGUUUUUUCCCCUCAGUCAACCUCUCCUUUGACUCACAGAGGCGGCUCACCACUGGCGCACGUACUGUGGAGGAUAGGGGCAGAAGAUGGCUGACUUAGCCGGGCACUGCGAGCCCUCGGCGGCAUCACCAGCGUCACACGGGCCGCUGCAAAGCUGCAAGACAUCCGCCGUCUGGCGACUGUAAACAGCUGCUGGUGCCUCCUUCACCCCUCCUCUCCCCUCCUCACCGCAAAUAUUGACAGAAGUGUCACAGAGAAAACAUGGCAGAGAUGGAAAAAGAGGGCAGACCUCCGGAAAAUAAAAGAAGCCGAAAACCAGCUCGCCCGGUGAAAAGGGAAAUAAAUGAAGAGAUGAAGAGUUUUGCAGAGAACACCAUGAAUGAACUGCUGGGCUGGUACGGCUACGACAAGGUGGAGCUGAGAGACUCUGACAGCCUGGAGAUAGGGGAGACACCACAGCACAUCUCUGUCCUCAAAGAAAACUUGUUGCCAAAAAUCCCUGUUUCAACGGAGAGCAGCGAAGGAUCUCCUGAUCGAGCCAACAGCUCACAGUCCUUGCCAGCCUCUAGGAACGGAGUCACAGAGCCCUCCAACACACCAUCCACCUCCACGCCCAGCACCAAGGAACAUGGCAACCUGCCCAUCAUAGUUCCUAUGGUCCCCCCACCAAUGAUCAAGCCCCCUGCAGAUGAUGAUGUAUCCAAUGUGCAGAUCAUGUGCGCCUGGUGCCAGAAGGUUGGCGUUAAACGCUAUUCUCUGAGCAUGGGAAGUGAGCUGAAGAGCUUCUGCAGUGAGAAGUGUUUUGCCGCCUGCCGCAGAGCCUACUUUAAAAGAAACAAGCUGGGAUAUAUAAGGAAUUACACUGCGAAAGACGACGAUGGCCUCGGUGGGAAAUUACCCCUGCACAGCUUUACUCAGGACACGCCCAGGCUUGUCUUCAAGAUAAACAGCGAUGUGCUUGUGUGUGACUGGUGCAAACAUAUUCGCCACACUAAGGAGUACCUAGACUUUGGUGCUGGUGAGCGGAGGCUGCAGUUCUGCAGUGCCAAAUGCCUGAACCAAUACAAGAUGGACAUUUUCUACAAAGAGACUCAGGCUGCACUGCCUGGAGCACUGUGCAACCCUGGACAUGGGGCUGGUGGGGAGGGUAAGCCAGAGUGCAGUGGAGGGGUACAGCUACUCACUCCUGAAUCCUGGGGAACGCCAUUAACGGACCUCCGUCGUAAAGCUCCAUCACCAGGAGGGCCCUCCACCACCUCUGUUUUUGCCCCUUCUACUCCUUCUGCCACCUCACCCUCAGACACUGCUGUCGUCUGCUCUCCUUCUUCUUCCACCUCAGCCAAGAUCCCCACACCCAGACCCCAUGAGAGCCCCACAAUCCCCCCUCCACCUGUUCCCACUUUGCACCCGCCAGUCGGAGUUCCCUCGGGCAGCCCCCCCAUGGUAAUGACACCGCGGGGACCCAUGCCCUUGCCUCUUUUCAUGGAGCAUCAAAUGAUGCAGCAGAUUCGUCCACCAUUUCUUCGCCCAUCUGCCCACCCAGCAGGGCCCAACAGCCCACUUUCAAAUCCAAUAAUUCCUGGUAUUGGUCCACCACCUCCCACCAGAACCCUUGGUUCAGCAUCAAGCCCCAUGCACAGGCCCCUGCUGUCACAGCAUGCCCAUCCCUCAUCCAACCCCAACCCUGGCAUAAUGCCCCCCCACCCUGGUCUCCCUAUUCCAGGCCUGCCCCCUUUCUCCUCAGUCAACAUGAUGCCUAAUGGGCCCAUCCCCCUGCCACCAAUGAUUAACUUUGGCAUGCCAUCUUUGGCCCCACUGGUACCCCCUCCAACUCUCUUGGUCCCUUAUCCUGUCAUUGUUCCACUCCCUGUCCCAAUCCCUAUUCCAAUUCCAAUUCCCUUCAACCCUAAACCCUCCAGGGAGAGUAGUGGCUCCGUCCGCAGUGUUCUAGAGUCCUCAGAAGCUUCAGCUUCUGGGCCCCACUCUCCAGGUUCCUCUGGAGGUGACAGAGGGGAGCAGAAAGUAGAGCCUACUGGUGUGGAGUGUCUAUCUCCUGUACACUUAGAAACAAACAGGAUGCCUUUGGUAGAUUUGACAGUGAAGGCAGAGAACAAUUUGGGAAAUAUGUGUUUAACCAGACAGAUGGAGGGUGUGAUUGAUCUAACUGUGGGCCAGAAGACAUGCCAACAGCAGGUAAUUCAAAGAAUGCUACCUGGGGUCCAGGUCAAAGUAGAAGCAGAAGCUGAAUCAAGAUCUCCACCAGCUGCUGGGCUAGGCAGGGAAAGGCAGGGCAGUUGUGAUGGGGCAGAAGGGGCCCUCUCACAGGGCCUCCCCAGUGCUACAGAACUGGAAGAGGCCACUCAUUCAAACAUCCUGGAAUCAUCAGGCCCACCCUCCAACAACAGCAGCCUUUCUAGCAAUGCUGAUGCACCAGUGAGCCAUCUAAAUCCCUGUUUCUCCACCCUUACCCUAACACCCUUACCAAGCACAGUACGGAACCAGCCCCAACCCCUGUCCCAGCUGCAGACUAGCCCUGCCACACCAUGUAAUGUCAUAGUGAAUGGUACAGGAUGGCAUUCCCUUUUAACUCCUGCCUUUGAGUCUUGCUCUGACCAAGAAGGAGACGGAGUUGCAGGAGGAGGCGAGGCAGAGGAUCAGCCAGCCAACGGUGAGCUGGAGCAUGAGGCACUGAAAGAGAACAAUUGCUCAGUUGGCAAUUGGGAGCCAGGGAAGCGGGGAUCAGCACAAGAUGAGAUGAUGAGCACAGUGGAGGGAAAACCAGACCCUGACUCCAAUUUGGAGGAGGGCGAGCAUGCCUAUGCCCUGCCACUGCUGUCUACUGGAGGCUGUGUGGUUAUCCAGCCUGUGCCAAAGCCUGGCGCUGACAAGACAGCCAUCCUGUCCUGUUCCAUUAGUGCGCCUUUAUCAGCAGCUGGAAGCCCUGAGCUGGAGCCACCAAUGAAGAGGAGGUGUCUGCGAAUCCGCAAUCAAAACAAAUGAGAUGGAUGCUCUGAGGACCGCAGUGCCAUCAACGACACUCACUUGUCCACCCCCACCUCCAAAUCCCACCCCUCCCAACUACAGCUCAA